AUGAAGAUGAAGAUGCAUUAUGAAGCACGAAUCAGUGUCGCUUUCAAAUUAAAUAUCUUCUUCACAGGCGUUACCGGUUACAUCGGGGGGAGUGUCCUUUCGCGUCUCCUCAAGCACAAGGACGCGGCGUCCUUCCACAUCACUGCUCUCGUGCGCUCCACCGACAAAGCAGAAAAGCUCAAGACCCUUGGAGUUAACACCAUCAUUGGAUCGUACAGCAACGAGGAUCUUACCUUCUUAAAGGAAGCGGCUUCCAAGGCUGAUGUGGUUAUCACUGCGGUUGACUGUGACAACCUUCCUCCAGCCCAAGCCAUCCUCGACGGUUUGAAGUUGAAGUACGAAGCAUCUAGCAAGGCCCCGAUAUUGAUUCAUACGUCUGGCACAGGUAUCCUUGUAGAUGAUGCCCGAGGCCUCGCUAGCGAGCACAUUCACUACAGCGACGUUGAAACAGACAAGCUCAACGCCCUCCCUGUGACUACGCCACACCGGAACGUAGACAUCCCUAUCUUGGAGGCUGAUAAAGCAGGUUUCAUCAAGGCGUACGUUGUUACUCCAAGCACUGUCUUUGGAAAACCUGAAGGACCUCUUAUUGAGCUGGGAAUUCAAAAUGGCCACUCGAUGCAGCUACCAUGGCUCCUCAAAGCAUCCAUCGCACGCAAGCAGGGAGGUCACAUCGGCAAAGGGUUGAAUAGGUGGCCAGCUGUGCACGUAGAAGACAAUGCCGAUUUAUACCUCAUUCUGUUUGACGCUAUUCGAGCCAAUCCGGACAAAGUCCCUCGUGGCUACUACUUCGCAGAGAAUUUUGACUACUCCUACCUCGAGGCCUCCACUGUGAUCGCGGAGACUUUGGUCGAACUGGGUAUUGGCACCGACCCAAAACCCACUGACUUCACUAUUGAAGAGAGUGAGAAAUAUUUAGGGCCGCUCUGGUUUUGGCUCGGUACCAACUGCUAUGCCAAAGCCGACCGCGGCCGAGCUUUAGGUUGGAAGCCCAAGUACGGAAAGGAGGCGUAUCUCGCCGACAUCAAGUCGGAAGUGAAGUUCUACGCGCAGCAACAGUAA